CUAAUGAGAUUAUAAAUUAUUUUUUCGGUAUGGCUGAGCGGCCGGGGCUUUUUGAGGCAGAGUGCACAGGCGGACAACGUGAGGAGAAAAUUCAGUGACUCUGUUGUGAUCUGAUUAUGGGUGAGGAACUCAGCCGGCUGCUCCUCCUGCUGCUCCUCCUGCUGGAAACCCGGGCAGUUGCGCGUCAGUUAGUUGCGCCUUCAUCCUUCUCGCCGUCAUCCUAAUCCAUCCCAUCUCCUCUCCUGUAAGAAACUCAGUUGUGUUUGAGGUGAAGAGAGAAAUCAGAGCGAGGGGGAAUCUCCGAUCUCACUUGCGCAAAUCUGUCCCCACCACCCAAGAAAAAAUAAAGUCGUGCGCAACGCACCCACUGCGCGCCGGUACAGUGGCGCGGUGCCGCAGCUCCUACGGGCUGCACUGUGGAGAAGAAGCGGACCUGCAUCCUAAAGCUCUCUCCCUCCUCCUCCCCCCCUCUCUCUCCUUCUCUCUCUCUCUGUUUUUAUCGUCCACCUCAUUGCAGUCUUAUCACGUCCCCCCUCUUGCUCUGCUCCCUCCUUUCCUCCCUCACUCCCUCCAUCUCUUCCCAUCCGCCUCAGCCCCUACAGGAGAGGAGAGAGGAGAGAGGAGAAGAGUGCGGCUGAAUGAGAGCGACAUGUCGACAGUCAGCUCCCUCUAAAGUCUGUCCUCGGUCCUUCCCCUCAUUCUCUCUUUGGCGGCGGACUCAGUGAGUAUUCUUCACCCUCUGCGUCCCUGUUGUGUUCUGCUCUGCUGUGCGUCGCUGUGGAUGUUUGGAUGAGAGACACAGAAAGAUACAGAGAAACAGAAAAGGAGAUGGUGCUGUGGUCACAGAGACAAGAUAGACAACGGGGAAUGGACCUGGAUUGCUUCACUCGUCCUGAGGAUUCUUUUCUGCUCGGUGCGGUGAGGGGCCGAUGAAGGGCUGUAGCCCCCGUCCGCUGAGCUGAGACAGGAGAAGCAGCAGAAAAUGCAGUGGGUCACUCUGGCUGUGGCCCUAGGGUGUGUGUGCGUGUCACAGGCAUCGCACAGCCCCACCCCUACACCCACCUCCACACACACACCGCUGGUGGACAACUCUGAGGAGGAAGUGGACGAGCCCUGCUUCGAGCCGUGCACGUGUGAGGUCAAGGAAGGAGUGCUGCACGUGCACUGUGACGGACGUGGCUUCACCAAUGGCAGCCAGGUGUCACAGUCAUGGGUCCGCCCUUUCAAACUCAACCUCCAAAGGAACUCUCUGAGGCGUCUCUAUAGCAACGGGUUCCAGCACCUCGGCAAUGCAGUGUCGAUAAACCUGGGCAACAAUGCCCUCCAGGACAUCCGAGUCGGGGCUUUCCACGGACUGGCCAAAUUGAGACGACUGUACCUCCACGAGAACAAGCUGGAGGUCUUCAGAAAUGACACCUUCCUGGGUUUAGAGGCUCUGGAAUACCUCCAGGUAGGUCCGAGGAUGGAAUCUGCCUUGUUUUCUAAUUCCUACGGUUCAGACUGAGACUGACAGGAAUAUUGACAAAGUGGUUCAAGAUUAUAUUAGGCAGCUCUGAUAGAAAUAGUCUGUGCCGGGCAGGUGGUCCGGAGUGAAACGAUCUUCUCAAGAUCUGUGUGUGAUUUCAAGCGGAGAGCGUUUCAGCUUUGAGUUGACUCCCUUUUUCUCCACUGAAGC